CAAAGGACGUUGCCAGGAUGGCAAACUUCAAGGGUCACGCGCUUCCAGGCAGUUUCUUCCUGCUCUUUGGGCUCUGGUGGUCUGUGAAAUACCCACUGCAGUAUCUCAGCCAGAAAGUAAAUAAGAAAUCCCACAGGAUUUAUUGUUUCCAGCGUGUGGAUGCCAUCGAAGGGGGAAUCAAAAUCAUCUUUGCUCUAAUAGGGAUGCUGGCAGAACAGUUCGUCCCGGAUGGCCCACACUUGUACCUCUACAGUGGGGAGAACCAUGACUGGGUGAAGCUGAUGAACUGGCAGCACACCACCAUGUACCUCUUCUACGGCCUCUCCGGGGUGGUGGACGUCUUCACCUACAUCUCCCAGGUGGUGCCGCUGGGUCUGGAUCGCCUCAUGCUGUCCGUGGCUGUCUUCGUUGAAGGUUGUCUCUUUUAUUACCACGUCCUUCACCGCCCGAUGCUGGAUCAGCAUAUCCACUCCCUGCUGCUCAUCGCCAUCUUUUCAGGGGCCUGCAGCAUCAUGCUGGAGGUCUUCCUCCGCGACAACAUUGUCCUGGAGAUGUUCAGAGCCGGUGUCACCAUCGUCCAGGGAACGUGGUUCUGGCAGAUCGGGGUCGUACUGUUCCAGCCAUGGGGAGGUCCAAUGUGGGAUGAGAAGGACCACAACAACGUUAUGUUCCUCACCAUGUGUUUCUUCUGGCACUGGGCAGCCGCUGUGGCCAUCCUGGCUAUAAAUUACACUCUCGCUUACUGCUGCAUCCAGAGGUGCAGGAGAGGCAGCGGAGAGCCCUACAUCGGGCUCGGAAUCCGGCAGCAAAAGUGUGACACCAGCUCCCAAGCUGCCUUCUUGAAUGGCUCUGAUGAAGAGUGA